GUGGAGGGGGGGGAGGGAGUUGAAAUGCCCAUCACUUUGGGAACCGUUGGAAAGUAGCACUUCCGCUCCACUCCUGGUGGAGCCUCACGCCUCCCUGACCAGUCAUGGCAGACAGCUCAGACAAAGUGCCCAUCGCCCUAGCAGGCCCAGAGGACGUGGAGCAGUGUCGCCCACCCGCGUACACAGCUGUGGCAGUGAGACCCUCCAGCCCCGGGCGGCUGCUCAAAAUCGGAGCCGUGGUCCUUAUAUCCGGGGCGCUGCUGCUGCUCUUUGGGGCCAUCGGCGCCUUUUACUUCUGGAAGGUGAAUGACAAACAUAUUUAUAAUGUCCAUUAUACCAUGAGUAUUAACGGAAAAAUACAGGAGGGAUCAAUGGAAAUAGAUUCUGGGAACAACUUGGAGACCUUUAAAAUAGGAAGCGGAGCUGAAGAAGCAACUGAAGUUAGUGAUUUCCAGAAUGGCAUCACUGGAAUCCGUUUUGCUGGAGGAGAAAAAUGUUAUAUUAAAGUCCAAGUGAAAGCUCACAUACCUCAGGUGGAUGCCACAACUAAACAGAGCAUCAGCUCAGAACUGGAAGGCAAGAUCAUGCCAGUUAAAUUUGAAGAAAAUUCUCUUAUCUGGGUAGCUGCAGACCAGCCUGUUAAGGAUAACAGCUUCCUGAGUCCUAAAAUCUUAGAACUUUGUGAAGAUCUUCCUAUUUUCUGGCUUAAACCAACACAUCCAAAAGAAAACCAAAGAGAACGAAGAGAAAUCCUGAGAAAAAUUCGUCAGCCUACUACAAGAAGACCAAAUACUGGGCCACAGGGUAAUCCAGGCCCUGGAAGUCCAGUUAAUGAAACAAGGCCCAGUAUUCAGGAGGAUACAGAACCCUUCAAUCCAGAUAAUCCUUACCAUCAACUAGAAGAAGGUGAAGGCAUGACAUUUGACCCCAAAUUAGAUCAUGAAGGCAUCUGCUGUAUUGAAUGCCGGCGGAGUUACACUCACUGCCAAAGGAUCUGUGAGCCUCUUGGUGGAUACUAUCCCUGGCCUUAUAACUACCAAGGCUGUCGCUCAGCUUGCAGAGUGGUCAUGCCUUGUAGUUGGUGGGUGGCCCGUAUCUUGGGUAUGGUGUGAGGUGGUUUCCUAUCUUAGGUACAAUAACUAAGGCAAGAAAAAAAUUGGAAAUGAUGAGACUACAGCUAAAGAAGUAUGGAGAUUCUUGGAGUUGAGGACACUUAAGUAUAUAGUCAUGUGUCAUCAGUAGUUCAUUCUAGAUGCCUUUAUUACUCUCUACUGCUUUAAACUUCCAACGAUGCAAAAUAUAUUUUCUCUCAGUAUGGGAAAAAUCCACCAAAAGGGCAAUAUUACACCAGAAACACACAUUAAUCUCCUCCUUUUUUGCUGUGGAAUUUGGUUUGUCAAUAGUACCAUUUGUUUCUAAAUAUCACCAUCCCUCUGCUCUGAGUUACAUGUGAAAAGUUAUGUCCAGUUAGUCCAAAACUCAACUUCUACAUUUGGAAGUACCUUUUAUACCAAGUGACUGAGGAAAAUAAAUCACAGGUCAAGUUGUCCCCUGUUAUUAUUCAUACUAAGUUCCAAGAUCAUUUUGUUUAAGACAGUCAUAGCUCAUCCAAUUCUAGCAAAUAUGCUCCAGAGGCUACAAAAAUGUAAGUUAGAUAACAACCAAAAGAAGUUGAAAGAAUAAGCUGCAGAAUGGAAUGUGCUAACAUAAAUGCUAUCUAUACAUCUCAAAGUGGUGGCAACAUGGGAAGUUCCUUUUCCAUAUAGUAUGGUACACAAUGCCAUAAUCCUUCAACAUCAUCAGCUCCAGGAAACUAUCUUUAGGAUGAACGUGGUCAAAUUUAACCAAAGCCAAACAUUCCCGAGGGUGCAGAGGGAAGGCAGAGAGAACUUUAUUAUCAAAAUUUAGAAAAGCAGAUAAUCACAGCUUUUUCAACCUGCUUUCAAUAAAGGGUCACAGGAAUAAAGGAGGAUGGUGAUUUCUACCUUUGUAGUACAAAUCAGGCUGUCCAAUUAUUAAUAAAUCCUUCUCUUGGUAAUGGGGCUGAUGCUGUUACUUAGAAGAUAUGGCCUAAGAAGAAUAACAAAUAUCUUUUGAAAUUAAAAUAUUUCUCUAACGAGAGCAUGAAGAAAUUUUCCAUUUUUUGACAUUUAAGUUCUGAGUGCCACAAUUUUAGAGAGCCAUAAAAACACUUUUCUAAAGAAAAAAUUAUAAGUUGCUUUCGGGAAGAUUUAUAAAUAUGAGCUGAGGAAGUGGAAAGGAAGAUCAUCAUGCUCCUGAAACAUAAUAAUUUUGAAUGUACCAUACUUAUGUGCUGAUGUGAUAAUUCUUAUUUUUAAUAAAUUACACACUGCUGCCAAUGAAAGUAUAUAAAAAUGUUAAAAGAUAUUUACAGCCUUUUCUUUCUAACUUGAUUACUGGGUCCUUGUUCACACACUUGCAUUCAGUGACAUGGGACAUGAAACACUGCAGCAAGAACCAAGAAGGAGCAACAGCUUAAAGCAGAAAUAGAAUCUGUACAGUCAGCAUAUUCUCAGGCAACAGAGAAUCUUUAAGGAUGUUAAUGGACAACUAAAAAUGGUUGUCAUUCUAUUGCAGAAGACAUUCUCAAAUGAUAUACUUUGUCAUAAACUUCAUCAACUGAUAGAAACAUAGGAUGGAACAUUCUAGGGGGUUGAAAAAUCGUUAAAUACAAACUAAAGGAACACCAUCGGUGUUAGAAAACAAACUACGUAUCUGGGAGUAUUAGGAGAGAAAGUGGUGGAGGAGAGCUGGGACUGGGUUCAAGGCAGGAAAGAUAGAGGAAGGUAAUCUACCUGUGUUGAGGGGAAUGAGGUUCAGGGAAAGGCAGGCUUUUGCCAGGACAGGAUGAGAUCCUGGGAGGGCCUAGAAAGAAUAUGUGGUAAAGGGAAAGGAAUUCCUGCAGCUCAGGAAUUACUAGGAUAGCAGUAGGUUAUUCUGAAUGAGAUUACGUUACUAAUGAAACUCACUGUGGUAAACUGUUAUUAGUCAAUUAUCUUAAUUGACUGUUUAAGAGUCUUCUGUAGACUAGGUGAGAACAGGAAGAUAGAGAACACGGACAGAAGUGACAGACUGCCACUGUUACCAAGGUGAAUAGAAAGAAGUACAAAAAGAGAAGGCUGUGGACAUAAGACUAACUUCAAAAUAUUUACAGCUUUGCCUAAGAGGGACCGUUUCUCUUUACUUAGGAUAGAAAAAGGGAAAGCCUAGCAUAAGACACUUAUAAUGGCACUACAAACACAGACAUUCUUUUGUUUUUUUAGCUGAUAAAUUCUGAGAAAUCAGUUAAUCAGCGUAUACAGAAAUUACUAUUAGAUGAGAUGCAUUUUGUUGUGACAUCUGCAUUAGAAUGAUAGACUCUUAAGCUUAGAGAUCACCUACCUAGUCCAACUUCCCUCCCAUGGCAUUUCUGAUGAGAUGUCAUGAGAUACUUAUCACCUCUCAUCUGCCUAUUGCAAGUUUCCUAAUCGGUUUCUCUGCCUCCACUCUACUCCCCCUUCACUCAGCUACCAAACUGAUAUUCCCCAAAAGCAAGUCAGUACCCUUCUCAUAAACCUAUUACCUCUAUGAUCUAAAGUCCUUUAUCACCCAAUUGCCUUUCUAGGCUUAUCAUUAUACCCACCCCACCCCCAAUACAGUCUAUGAGAGUCAAACUGGCCUUCUUGCUGUUCUUCACACUUAGCAUCCCCCUUUCUGUUUCUGUGCUUCUGCACAGGCUGUCCCCCACACUGGAACAGAUUCCCUGCUCUCCUCUGUCUCAGAAUCCUGGGUGGACACAAAGCUUGUCUUAUAGACCCCAUCUCCUACAUCAGGCCUUUUCUAAUUCCUCUUUUUCCUCUAAUUCCUUUGCUAAGUUCCUCUCCCGUGAAAUUGCUUCGUAUCUAUUUGGAAUAUGCUUAUAUAUGUACAUUCUGCCCCCCAACAAAAGCUCUUUUAGGCCUUUUCUUUUUGUCUUUGUUACUAGUGCCUAACAAGUUGUUGGUGCAUAACAAGUGCUUAAUAAAUGUCUACUGAUUGAUUUAGCUAAUGCUAAGUUUCUUUAUACUGAACUGAAAUCUGCCUCCCUCUAAUUUCCACUCAUAUCAUGUGGUAUUUUAGUGUCUAGUGUGCAAUGUGGUAAUCCAAUAAAUAUUAAAACACCACCACAAAGAUACCCCUACUACUGUCAUUUC